AUGGAAGAAAGGAAGCGUGUUGCAGCCACAACGGCGCACCUGGAAAGGGAGGUGGGGGAGCUGAGGCAGAAGGUGAUGAGUAAGCCCUGGUGCACGAGGGCAAAGGCGAGGCUGGUGAAGUAUGAGGCCAAGCUCAAGGCAUGCGAUGAUGGGAGACGGCAAAAGCUGCAAGAGCAAGCGAGGAUCAAGGUGGAGAUGAACGGUGAAGCACCCUCUGGAUUCCUGUCGGCGAAGGUUAAAGCGAGAAAGGCGAAGACAAGGCUAGAGGCAGUGAACUUUCGGGGCCAGCAGUUUGUGGGUGUGAAGGAGGCCCUGAAAGCGGCAUCGAGCUUCUACGCGGACAUGUUUGACGACAAGUCGCGGCCGGGAGCUCUGCCGCCAAAUUUCAGAAUGGAUAGGCUGUUCUCACCGGAAGAUGCAGCCGCACUCAGUGCGACGUGGGAGGAGGACGAGGUUAAGCUAGCGCUUGUGGAAAUGGCGUCGGGCAAAACCCCGGGGAGGGAUGGGCUACCGAAGAAGCUCUGGGAGUCGCAGUAG